AUGGCGAACUCAAACAAAAGACUAAAUAAGAAGGUAGCCAUAAUAACCGGAGGAGCAAGAGGGAUCGGAGCUGCCACGGCGAGGCUGUUUACAGAGAAUGGUGCAUAUGUCAUUGUCGCGGAUAUACUGGAUGAAGAAGGCGUCCAUAUGGCCGAAUCCAUUGGUGGGUGCUACGUGCAUUGCGAUGUAUCAAAGGAGGCUGAUGUGGAGGCGGCAGUGGAGCUGGCCAUGAGACGAAAAGGGAGGCUGGACGUAAUGUUCAAUAAUGCGGGAAUGGCUGUGAACGAAGGUAGCAUCAUGGAGAUGGACAUUAAGAUGGUAAACAAACUUGUUUCAGUCAAUGUGAAUGGUGUCUUGCUUGGCAUCAAACAUGCAGCUAAGGCGAUGAUCAAAGGAGGAGGAGGGUCGAUCAUAUGCACAUCAAGUUCAUCAGGAGUAAUGGGAGGACUUGGUGGUCACGCGUAUACGCUUUCAAAAGGAGCCAUUAACGGGCUCGUGAAGACAACGGCAUGUGAACUUGGCUCUCACGGUAUCCGUGUGAACAGCAUCUCUCCGCAUGGAGUUCCUACUGAGAUCUUGGUCAACGCGUAUCGUACGUAUCUUCACAAUGACAGAAUCGAUGCGGCUGAAGUCACAAAGACUGUGGCUGAGAAAGGAAGUUUACUGACCGGAAGAGCUGGUACUGUGGAGGAUGUGGCUCAAGCAGCUUUGUUUCUUGCAAGUGAAGAAUCGUCAAGAUUCAUUACCGGACAUAACCUGGUUAUUGAUGGUGGGUACACAUCUGCCACUACUACCAUGAGAUACAUCUACGACUAAUUUCAAAGCUGCUUUCUUUUCAGUUGUUUUCUUUUGAGUAUAUCUGAAAUGUUUUCUUGUCAUAAAAUAAAUAUUUUCUAAGGAGUUUAUAUGAUAUACUUUUGUCUCUAAUUGGCAUU